CUCAUCAACUCACCCUUCGCUCUUGCUCAUUUCCCUCUUCGACCAAACCAAGCAACAAGCAUGACUCUCAUCCCGAGCUCGGAUGGGGCAUCGUUGGCCACGGCCAUGGCGGUCUCGGGCACGUUAAUCCUCUUCGCCAUAGGCUUCCAAAAGUCAUACUCGACCACCCGCAUCAUAGUUGACCACAUCGCUGAAUUCUCGGAACCGGACAUAGCAUCUUGCACGAUCUCUGGUGCAACCAACAAGAAGAAGAAGAUCAAGAGAGAGAAAGCAAGAAAGAGAGUUCCUUUCGAAGAGGAUGCUAAAGAUGAUGAUCAUUAUCCUUCGUCGUCCACGAAGUACAAAAGCUCGUCCAAGUUCGGAGAAAUCCCAGCGAACAGAGCAGCACUUUACGAAGCAAUUCUCAGGGAUCGCAACCGUCACAGAUUGGCCAGUUGUUAUUGAUAAAGAACUUUUAUUUUCACGUGAAAAAAAAGGAAAAUAUAGAAAAAUAUCCUGUCUUAUAUAAUGUCUACAUCGUCGGCCAUUAGUAUUUUCCGAUAAA